AUGUCUGCCCUCAAGUCCAUCCGCUCCCUCGCUCCCCUUCUCGACCGCGUCCUCGUCCAGCGCAUGAAGCCCGAGGCCAAGACCGCAACCGGCAUCUUUCUGCCCGAGACCGCCGUCAAGGAGCUGAACGAGGCCAAGGUCCUCGCUGUCGGCCCCGGCGCGUUCGACAAGUCUGGCAACCGCGUAGCCGUCAGCGUGCAGCCCGGCGACAAGGUGCUGAUCCCUCAGUUCGGCGGCAGCCCCAUCAAGGUCGGCGAGGAGGAGUACAGCUUAUUCAGGGACCACGAGCUCCUUGCCAAGAUCAACGAGUAA